GCAUACUCCCCAUCCAUAGAAAGCAAUAUGGUUUUUAAGUUAAAGGCUUGAAAAUUGUAACGUAUAUAUACUGUCUUCUUGGCAUCGAAGUGCAACAGUCGGUGGUGGGUUCUAUAAUAAAAUGAAGCUCCAAUACCUCUGCGUUUUUUUCGCAUUCUUAGUCCUUGCCUCUGGUGAGGAGAAGAAAGCAGAGGAAUCCAAACCAUUCGAAGAGAAAAAACAAACCAAAAGAGGCCUUUUCGACUUGGGAUACGGAGGUGAUUUUGGAGGUCAUGGGUUAGAACUUGGCAGUUACGGAGGCGGCUUUGAAGAUCACGGACACGUAAAACAUAUUACCAUUACUAAAACUGUUCCUGUUCCAAUACCUAAACCAUACCCCGUAACUAUUGAAAAGAAAGUUCCAGUACCAUAUCCAGUUAAAGUAGCAGUACCAGUAGAAAAGCCUUAUCCAGUUCCAGUACCCAAACCUUACCCAGUACAUGUUGAGAAACCUGUACCUUAUCCAGUUGAAAAGCCUGUUCCAUACCCAGUUAAGGUGCCCGUUAAAGUUCCAUAUCCAGCUCCUUACCCAGUAGCUGUCCCAAAACCAGUACCUUACCCAGUUCACAAACCAGUACCAUAUCCGGUUAAAGUACCAGUUGUCGUGGAAAAGAAAGUGCCAAUUUAUAUUAAGGGACAUGACAGUCACGAUUUCGGAAGUUAUGGAGGAGGCUUGGACCUUGGGGGCUAUAAUCAUCACUUUUGAGCUAGGCUAUGCUCACAAACAAAGUUUUCAAGUCUAGAUUUUAAAAUUAGCUUAAAAGGAAGUGGCUAUGUAAAUAAUGAUAAACUUUAACUUGUGAUACUCAUAAGUUUUUGCUAAUAAAUGGAUCUAGACUGGAAAACCAAACAUUUUUUUCAUUUUCUUCACAAAUUUCUCUCAUUCAUUGUAAAUUUUUCAGUCAUAUCAAUAUAUUUAUAUUUUCUGAUGUUUUAAUUUAUAUCUGAUGCUUUUUAUUUUGUUUUCAAUAGAGAAGAUGUUUUCAUAA